AUGGCCCAGACCCCCGACGGCAUAUCCUGUGAGCUGCGAGGCGAGAUCACCAGGUUCCUGUGGCCCAAGGAGGCAGAGCUGCUGCUGAAAACCUGGCUUCCAGAGCGGGAGGGCGCUGAGCAAGGUCACGUCCUGGCCCUGCUGCGAUGGAGAGCCUACCUGCUCCACACCUGCCUCCCAUUGAGGGUGGACUGCACGUUCAGCUACCUGGAGGUCCAGGCCAUGGCUCUGCAGGAGACACCCCCUCAGGUCACUUUCCAGCUGGAGUCCCUGCCGGAGCUGGUGCUGGAGUUUCCCGGCGUGGCCGCCCUGGAGCAGCUGGCCCAGCACGUGGCUGCGGCCAUCAAGAAGGUCUUCCCUCACUCCACCCUGGGAAAGCUGUUCCGCAAGCCCACGCCGCCCGCCAUGCUGGUGCGUCUGGAGAGCAGCAGCCCCUCAGAGGCCACCUCCCCCAGUAGCCCCUGCGGUGGCUUCUUGGAGACAUACGAGGCUCUGUGUGACUACAAUGGCUUCCCUUUCCGAGAGGAGAUUCAGUGGGACGUGGACACCGUCUACCACCGCCAGGGCUGCCGCCACUUCAGCCUGGGAGACUUCAGCCACCUGGGCAGCCGGGACCUGGCACUGAGUGUGGCUGCCCUGUCCUACAACCUGUGGUUCCGGCGACUCUCCAGUGUGGACGUGAAGCUGAGCCUGGAGGUCCUGGAACAGAUUCUGCACAUGAUGAGCCAGUCGGCCCACCUGGAGGAGCUGGUGCUGGAGGCCUGUGGCCUGCGGGGAGACUUCGUCCGGCGACUGGCCCAGGUGCUGGCGGGCCACCCCAGCUCCGGGCUCCGGGAGCUCAGCCUGGCGGGGAACCUGCUGGACGAUCGAGGCGUGGCUGCCCUCAGCAGACACCUAGAGCAUUGUCCUGGAGCCCUGAGGAAGCUCAGCCUGGCACAGACGGGGCUGACACCUCGAGGCAUGAAAGCUCUGGGCCGGGCCCUGGCUUCCAAUACGGCCUUCGACCAGGCCCUGACCCACCUGGACCUUUCGGGAAACCCCGGGGCCCUGGGGGCCUCCGAGGACAGCGGGGGCCUCUACAGUUUCCUGGGCCGCCCUAACGCUCUGACCGUCCUGAACCUGGCGGGCACCGACGCCGCCCUGGACAUUCUCUUCGCCGCGCUGGCCCGCGGCUGCUGCGCCAGCCUCGCCCGCCUGGACGCCUCCCGGAACGUCUGCUCCCGCACGAAGGCCCGGGCCGCGCCCGCCUCGCUGCAGCUCUUCCUCGGCCGCGCGGGGGCGCUGCGGCACCUGGCCCUGGCCGGCUGCAGGCUGCCCCCCGACGCGCUCCGGGCCCUUCUGGAAGGUCUGGCGCUCAACACGCACCUGGGCGACCUGCACCUGGACCUCAGCGCCUGCGAGCUGCGCUCGGCGGGCGCCCAGGUGAUCCAGGACUUGGUGUGCGAUGCCGGCGCCGUGAGCUCCCUGGAUCUGUCGGAUAACGGCUUCGGCUCGGACAUGGUGACUCUGGUGCUGGCCAUCGGGAGGAGUCGGUCCCUGCGCCACGUGGCCCUGGGGAGGAACUUCAACGUCCGGUGCAAGGAGACCCUGGACGACGUCCUGCACCGGAUUGUGCAGCUCAUGCAGGAUGAUGACUGUCCUUUGCAGUCUCUGUCCGUGGCAGAGUCGAGGCUGAAGCUGGGCGCAGGCGUCCUGCUUCGGGCCCUGGCCACCAACCCUAACCUGACAGCCCUGGACAUCAGCGGCAACGCCAUGGGGGACCUCGGCGCCAAGAUGCUGGCCAAGGCGCUUCGAGUGAACACCCGCCUCCGGUCUGUGGUCUGGGACCGGAACCACACCUCUGCUCUGGGCCUGCUGGACGUGGCUCAGGCCCUGGAGCAGAACCGAAGCCUGAAGGCCAUGCCUCUGCCGCUGACCGACAUAGCCCAGGCGCAGCGGAGCCGCCCGGAAAUGACAGCACGUGCAGUGCAUCAGAUCCAAGCCUGUCUCUUGAGGAACAACCACACAGACCAGGCCUCUCCGGCCAGCACCGCAUGCCAGCAGCCACUAGGUCCGGGUUCUAAUCCCUCUGAGCAGGAAGUGAACGAGCUUUGUCAGUCGGUGCAGGAGCUUGUGGAGCUGUUGGGCUGUGGUGCUGGGCCUCAGGGUGAAGCCGCUGUGCACCAGGCCGAGGAUGCCAUCCAAAAUGCCAACUUCUCUCUCAGUAUUCUUCCCAUUCUGUACGAGGCAGGAAGCUCCCCCAGCCACCAGUGGCAGCUGCGGCAAAAGCUGGAGAGCCUCCUGGGGCAGGUGGGCGAGGUUUGCCGCCACGACAUUCAGGACUUCACUCAGGCCACACUGGACACAACAAGGAGCCUCUGCCCACAGAUGCUGCAGGGACCCAGGUGGAGAGAGCAGCUAGAGGGGGUCCUGGUGGGCUCAAGGGGCCUCCAGGAGCUGCUCCCAGAGCACCUGCUGCAAGAUGCCUUCACUAGACUCAGGGACAUGCGGCUGUCAGUCACGGGGUCCUUGGCAGAGAGCAUUGUGGCUCAAGCCCUGGAGGGUCUGAGUGCAGCGCAGGAUCGGCUGGUGGAGAGUCUGGCUCAGCAGACCACAGUGGCAAUGCCCUCUGCCACGCUGGCCCUGGAAGGAGGCCAGCCCACCCCCUUUUGGCCCGGGAAACUGGAAGGCCUUUUCUUUCCCGAGGAGAAGGAAAGGGAGGACGAAGAGGAGCAGGAGAAUGACAGUCCUCCACAGGAAUGGCCUGAGUCCAGCCCCUGUCUUCACCUGGUUCCCUCCACUCCCAGUGCUGCUGAGGAACCGGAGCCCGAGCUGGCGGCUCCUGGAGAGGAUGCGGAGCCGCAGGCCGGCCCAUCUGCGCGCGGCUCUCCGAGCCCUGCGGCUCCCGGGGCCCCUGCCGGCCCGCUGCCUCGCAUGGACCUGCCACCCUCCGGGCAGCCUCUGCGCCAUCCGACCAGGGCCCGGCCCCGGCCCCGGCGCCAGCACCACCACCGCCCGCCGCCUGGGGGCCCUCAGGUGCCCCCAGCGUUGCCGCAGGAAGGAAAUGGGCUCAGUGCCCGCGUGGAUGAGGGUGUGGAAGAAUUCUUCUCCAAAAGGCUGAUCCAGCAGGACCGCCUCUGGGCCCCUGAGGAGGACCCAGCGGCCGAGGGUGGCGCCACCCCUGUCCCCCGUACGCUGCGAAAGAAGCUGGGCACCCUCUUUGCCUUCAAGAAGCCUCGUUCAACACGGGGGCCACGGCCCGAUCUAGAGACCAGCCCUGGGGCGGCGGCCCGCACUCGAAAAACCACACUUGGGGACCUACUGCGGCCACCAGCCCGCCCUGGCCGGGGGGAGGAGCCUGGUGGGGCCGAAGGGGGCACGGGCAGCCCAGACCCUGCCCGUAGGAGCCGGCCGCGCUACACUCGGGAAAGCAAGGCCUACUCGAUGAUACUGCUCCCUGCUGAGGAGGAGGAGGCAGCACUGGGCGCCAGACCUGACAAGAGGCGGCCUCUGGAGCGAGGGGAGACAGAACUGACCCCAUCCUUUGAACAGAGGGUACAAGUGAUGCUGCAGAGGAUUGGCGUGAGCAGAGGCAGCGGGAGUGCCGAAGGAAAGAGGAAACAAAGCAAAGAUGGAGAGAUCAAGAAGGCUGGCUCAGAUGGGGACAUUAUGGACAGUUCCUCGGAGACCCCUCCCAUCUCUAUCAAGUCCCGCACUCACUCCGUGUCUGCUGACCCCUCAUGCAGACCUGGGCCAGGGGGCCAGGGGCCUGAGUCCACCACCUGGAAGACACUGGGGCAGCAGCUGAAUGCAGAGCUUAGGAGCCGUGGCUGGGGCCCACACGAUGGUCCUGGACCCCCUUCCCCUUGUCCCAGCCCUCGAAAACCCAGUCCCUCCCCUGACAGCCUGGGCCUCCCAGAGGAUCCUUGUUUGGGCCCCAGAAAUGAAGAUGGCCAGCUGAGGCCGAGGCGCCUCUCGGCAGGGCGACGAGCAGUGUCUGUGCAUGAGGACCAGCUCCAGGCCCCUGUUGAACGGCCUUUAAGGCUGCAGCGGUCCCCUGUCCUCAAGCGAAGGCCAAAGCUUGAGGCACCCCCGUCACCAAGCCUAGGAUCUGGCCUUGACGCCGAGCCCCUGCUCCCACAGUAUACAGAGCCCUCCAGCCCUGAGCGGAGCCCACCCUCCCCAGCCACAGACCAAAGAGGCGGCCCCAAUCCCUGA